AUGGGAAAGCGCAAGGUCACCGCCCUCGAGAAGGUCGAUGUCGACUUCGCGAGUCUGCAGUACAAGAUCCGUCGCGAUCCCCGGUCCUACGAGGAAAACUUCCUUCAGCAAUGGGGCCAGUACGAGAGUCAGCGCGAGGUCUUCCUGACCUCCCCGACGACCGCGACGAGAGAGUACACCGAGUCCUUCCAUAAUCUCGUCGACCUGAUCGCCCACACGGCCGACCUCUACCCGAAGCACGCUGCCGCUUUCCCCGACGACCUGAAGGCGAUCCUGCUCCAGCACCAUGAAGUGCUGCACCCCGAGCUGCGCGAGAAGAUCGUCGGCAGCCUGGCGCUCCUGCGUAAGAAGGAAGUCAUCGACUCGACAAGCCUCCUCACGUCGCUGUUCCCGAUCCUCGUCUCCUCGCCAAGCAAGACCCUGCGCACGCUCCUCUUCCAGAAGAUCCUCUCCGAGAUGCGCAAUGCCAACUCCAAGGGCACGAACCACCCGCUCAACCGCACCAUCCAAACCGUCCUCUACAACCUCAUCACCGCCGACCGCACGUCGCCCAAGGCCUUGUGGGCUGUCAAGUUGACGAGGGAGCUGUGGAAGCGCCAGAUCUGGACCGAUGCGAAGACUGUGGACGUGAUGAAGGAGGCGUGCCUGUCGGACAACGAGAAGGUUGUCGUUGGCGCCACAAGGUUCUUCCUGGGUGGCGACAAGGAGCGCGAAGAGAUGGAGGACGAGGACAGCGACGAGGAGCAGAUUGACUUGCAAAAGAUGAAGCACCAGAUCGGCAUCAACAAGAAGUCCAAGAAGCAACAGAAUGCGUACAAAAAGGCUGUCUCCAAACUCCACAAGCAGGAGCGCAGCAAGAGCAAGCCUCACCCGCUCAACUUCUCCGCCUUCCACCUCCUGCACGACCCGCAGGGCUUCGCCGAGAACGUCUUCCAGAAGCACCUGCAGAACACCAAGGUCAAGUUCUCGCAAGAGAACCGGAUCCUCGUCCUGCAGCUCGUCACAAGAUUGGUUGGUCUGCACAAGCUGACCAUCAUCAGCUUGUACUCGUGGUUCAUCAAGUUCCUCACCCCUCGUCAAGAAUCCGUCACUUCGUACCUCGCCUGCCUGGCCCAAGGCACACACAACCUGGUGCCUCCCGAUGCCGUCGAGCCCCUCAUCCAGAAGAUCGCCAACGAGUUUGUGUCGGAAGCUUCUGCUUCCGAGGUUGCGGCUGCUGGUUUGAACGCUAUCCGUGAAAUCUGUGUCAGACAACCUCUGGCGAUGAGCGACACGUUGCUUCAAGAUCUUGUACAGUACCGCAAGAGCAAAGACAAAGGUGUGAUGAUGGCUGCCAAGGGUCUUUUGUCUCUGUACAGAGAAGUAGGCGCGGAGCUGUUAAUGAAGAAGGACAGAGGCAAGGACGCGACCAUGGGCCUGAGGAGCGGCGAGAUGAAGCAAAGGAAGUUCGGAGAGGAGGAGGUCGGAGGCAUCGAGGGCAUCGAGCUGUUGGCGAAGUGGAAGGAAGAGCAGCGCAAACUCAGACGCGAGGCGAAGGGUCUCCCGGCGGACGGCAGCGACAAGGACGACGAGGAGGACGAUGGCUUCAACUCUGACGACUGGGAGGUCGACUCGGUUGACAGCGAUGACUCUGGUGGCUGGAUCGCCGUCGAUCACUCUUCUGACGAAGAGGAGGAGCCGGUGCCGAAGAAGCGCAAGACGGGCGAGGAGGGCUCUGACGACGAGGAUGAGGCUGAUGAGGAGGACGAUGCCGCCGAGAUCGAGAGGAUACAGAAGCUCGCGACCACCACCAUCCUCACCCCCGCCGACUUGGCAAAGCUCCAAGAGCUCCGCCUGGAGGCCGGCCUGAACAAGACGCUGGGCAACCGCACGUCAAAGAGAUCGAAGGAGAUUGAGAAGGCCCUCGCGCGGCACCUGGACGACGGUCUUACGGCCGAGCAGAUCGAGGCACCCGCGAAGCUGCGCAAGACGACAAAGGAGGAGAGAGUGGCCAUGGCGAGGGAGGGCAAGCCGGACCGCGAAGAGCACAAGUCCACGAAGGCCAUCCGCAAGUCGAAGAAGGACGCCGAGGGCAAGAGUACGACGAACAAGGAGAAGGCGCGCCAGAAGAAUUUCUUGAUGACGCUGAGCAAGGCGAAGCACAAGAACAAGCGCAGUUUGGUGCAGACGCGCAAGGUGCUUCAGGGACAUAUCACGAGGAGUAAGGCUGGUGGCAGACGGCGUAACGGCAUGUAG